AUGGGUAGACGGCCAUUGAGGGUUUACCAGAAAGAUGCAGGAGAUUUGUGGAAAUGGAGGAGAAACGUUAUUCUACGAGUGUGUGUUGUUAACUAUGUUGAUGUUGGCAUUUUCAUUGUGAGUUCAGUGUUCAGUGGACUGAAACGAGGGCAUAAGGUCUUCCUAUCUUGUGCCUCUCCUGCGGAAGACGCCACAGCGGCACUUUGGGAGAGAGUCGACGGUGAAAUGCCCACAGGUGCGAGCACGAGUCGAGGUGUGCUGAGAAUUCCACCGAUUUCGAGAGAUGAUGAGGGAAAGUAUCAGUGUACCACCACCAAGAACGGAGUCGACGUAGUUUCGGUAGUGGAACUUCAUGUAGAUGAUUUCAUACCAGUAUUCCAUGGCCAGGAAGCGCUCACUUAUUCACCGCUGUCUGAUGAGGACAUGAAAAAUCUCGACAUAGUUCUUACGUUCAAUGCUACGGGCGAAGACGCUAAAGAGAGGGAACGAAAGCAGAAGAAGAAGAACAAAUUGGGUGAAAAUGACUCUACGCUUCAGGGUAUUUCUUGA